AUGGAUAGAGCUAAUGAUCAACGUAGAAGUCCACCAAACUAUAACCGACCAAGAGAUUUCAUACCUCACCGUGCUAAUUCUUAUAAUUUUUACCCUCCAGAAAGGGAUAAUUAUGGUUCUAGUUCUCACUACAUGCCUCAUAAUCACUUAGAUUAUGAUUAUCAAAUGAGAGAGCCACAAAUGCCUUUAGAUAGAUAUGAUGAACGAGAAGAAGAAUCACAAUUCGGAUUUAGAGGACAAGUUCCAUAUGGUGGAAAUACAAGAGAUCAAAAACCAUACGGAAGACCUCCAAUAUCAUCUCAUAUUCAACCAUAUAAAAGAAGACCAUCUUAUCGUGGAAAUUCUAUGCAUCAUCAACAAUAUCAUCAACGUCCAUACUCUGGACCUCCAUUUCCUCCUGCCGCAUCAUAUAGUCCUCCUCCAGAUCUUUUUUCACAACCUCCAAAAAUUGUACAUAUUCCUGCUUAUGCGCCAGUACUCGAAGAAAAGUUGGCGCAAAUUAGAGAAGAAGGACAAAGAUUGAGAGAGGCGGAAUUAAAAUUAAAUGAAAGUGUACGAAAAUCACAAAGGGAACUUGAUAAAUCAUUAUGGGAAUUGGAAAAAGUUAAUCAUAAUACUGCUUUAGCAACGAGACAAGUAGAAACACUUUGUACGAAAGAGGAAAUAGAAAAAAUUGAAAAAUUAGCUGUAACUACUGAAAGGGAAAGGGAAUUAGAGAUCUUGGAGUGA